AUGCCGGAGUCGCUCGCAGGGGAGGCUGCACCGGCACCGCAGCCGUCGCAGCUGCCAUCGCCGUCGGCGCCGUCUGCAGUCGGGGGAGCAGGCUUGCCGGUGCCCGCGCCUGCGAGGAGGGUUGCCGCCCGCGCAGGGCGUUCCCAGCACGCUACUCCGCGGCCGACUACGGGAAAUGUCGCGAUGGAGUCAAACCUUCCCGAAACAGCGAAGGAAGACACCACAGAGCUGGGCACGCUUCUGCGGACUUGCUGGGCGCUGCUGGUGCUGGCGGCGGCGGUGGGCGCGGCGGUGCUGGCGGCCGACCAGCUGGCCGAGUUCUCGCGCAGCCCGACGCGCACCCUGCUACAGGCGAGGCACCUGCCCGUCGGCAGCCUGCCCUUCCCCGCCGUCACGCUGUGUCCAGCCGUCAAGACCAACAGGACGCUGGCCUCACAGCUGCUCACGAGGUGCCUAAGUACCUUCUCCACGAACGGCUCACCUUACAGCAGGUGGUCAGCCAGCCUCCUGUGCAGGUGGUUGGAGGGAAGAGGGCUGGCGGAGCAGGCGAGCACGGCGCGCGUGGAGGCGGCGCUGGCGGCGCUGUCGCUGCAACAGUUCCCCUUCUUCAAGCGGCUGGCGCCGUUCGUGCGCGCCGCCGGCCCACUCGCCUACCACCUGCGCGACCUCAACGUCACAGACUUCAUGCUCAAGGUUCUGCCCAGCUGCAGGUCUUUCUUCCACUUGUGCUCCUGGUUGCGGCAGCGGAUGAACUGCUGCGAGAUGUUCCGGCUCUUGCCCACUGAGAAUGGCUACUGCUACUCAUUCAAUACGGUCCCCGCCAAAAGUUUUGGACAGUGCGACAUCGACGCGUGGCGUCGGGGCGACCCCUCGUGCCGGCUGCUGUCGGCGGCGGCUGCCGGGGUGCGGUCGGCGCUGCUGGUGGCGCUGGCGGCGCAGGACCCAGGCGACGCCCUGCCCGACGGCAUGCAGCGCGACGCCGGCGUCGGCGUCAGGCUGCCCUCACAGUCGUGGAUGCGACCCCGCUCUGUCCGGCAGGUGGUGGUGCACUCGCCGCUGUCGUACCCGGACCCGGGCGCGCGCGGCGCGCUGCUGUCGCCCGCAGCCGGCGGCCCCGUGCUGCGCUUCAGCGUCACGCCGCAGGUGACGCACGCGGCGGACGGCGUGCGCGGCGUGUCUUGGCGCCGGCGCGGCUGCCUGCUCUCCGACGAGUGGCCGCAGCCACACGAAGAGGCCGCUGGCGGCGGCGACGGUGACGGCGGCCGCCGCGCCUACGACGAGCGCCUCUGCCUCGCGAUCUGCCGCGGCCAGCACAUCCGGCGCCGCUGCGGCUGUAUGCCUUACUUCUACGGUACGACAGCCCUUGUUCAUCUAUUCACGUGGACAUUUUAG